GUGACAGUAAUUAGCGACCUCAACUUAUGCAACCUUACCUUACUAUCUCUGUCUCCGGUCGGCUUGGACUUUGCGUCAGGGCCCCUGUUACAGAUAUAACCUCCUGGUCUGUCCCUUCGGGCCUGACCUCGUUCCAAACAUCGCAGACCACAUCAAACCAUACCCACCACGCCUAUCUUGUUACCAAGCAGCAAUGGGAGUACCUACGCAAGCGGUGCCUCCCAGCGAGACACCGUCUUUAUCCUCAACAGCCAAUACCAUACCCGCCGAUGCGCCACCGCCUAUGCCUCCGCCACCCUACUUCAAGACACACUUCAUCAACCCCAGCUCCUUUAAGUCUGCGGUCAAUAGCAAAGUCGACAAGCCUCUUGUGUCGCUAUUCCGCCUGGGCGUACGGAUACUCCAGCUCAUCUUCGUACUUGCCUCAGGCAUAUCGUAUGCCACCGAGCUAUCACACGGCAACGGCAGGGGAGGCGCAUCAGGGAGCUUUGUCUUCUCGCAAGUCGCAUUCGGUGCUACACUUAUUACUCUCAUCAUCAACGGCGCGACUGUGCGAUAUUACCGCUUCUCAUGGAUUGUCGACUGGAUCUUGGCGGUCUGCUGGUUCGCGCUCUUCGCGGUCUUCUAUGAGGCCUACUUAGGGGGCGGGGUGGAGCCCUCGUAUGGGGGAGUGAACUUGGGACGAAUGGAACGCGCAGUCUGGUGUGACCUCAUCAAUGCGCUGCUAUGGUUAGGGAGCGCGCUGUUCUCGUCGACAAUGUGCUGUUCAGGCGUCAAGGCUUCCAUCAAGGGGAAGAUCAAGGACAGACGGCAGAGGAAGGACAAACAGAAGAUGAUGGAGACGAUAGGCGAGAUGGAGAUGGGUACUAUCCGGACAUAGCGAUGUGGUAUGGACCUCUUUAUUGAGUUUUAGCGAUCUUUCCUUUGCAUCUUCGUAUUU